AGUCAGGCCUGAGUUCUGACGUGAGUUCUGACGUGCCUGGCUGAUCUUUUAAAGGGACAGACCAAAACAGACCUCAACAACGGGUCCGACUCAAGACACGUCAGUCAGAUUGGCCAGACAUUAUUGAUUGGAUUUCAUGAGCCCCGAUUAAAGCCCAAGCGAGAUUGAUCCUCCUCCCUCGUCAUGUUGGACUUCUUUUCCGUGUUUUCCCGGGGCGGGAUUCUCCUGUGGUGUUUCAAAGGGGCCGAGGACAUUUUCGCAUCAGAUUGGGCCCAAUUUCGACCCGCCGUCAAUGCAUUUAUCAAGACCGUAUUACUCCAGGAGAUGGCAUCCAAAAAUUGCACCUAUGAAUCCGGCUCGUUGGCGCUCAAAUACAAGUUGGACAACGAGUUUGACUUGGUUUUCAUAGCGGGUUAUCAGAAAAUGUUACCCUUGUAUUAUCUGGACAAGCUGUUGGAUGAGAUACAAUUGCGCUUCCGCGACAAGUAUCUCAACGUGUUGAAAGAGUCGAAUUUUUUUCAUUCGUUCGAUUUCUCGGCUGAGUUCCAACGCACGCUGAAACUGGUUGAAAAUGAUGCCAAGCAUUCAGAGAAUCGCAGGAAAACCGAAAUGCGCACCUUCGAGGACUCCUCCAAGUCCAAGAAGUCCAUUGCGUCCAUGAUUGAGAAAAAAGAUGGGCCUGGGAGAGGGUCCCACAAACGAGGCGAGGACCAGGAAGCCACCGCCAACGGCCUCAACUCCUCCUCGGUGGAUGACAAUAAGAACGAACUCGACGAAGAGACUCGCAUGGCCAACUUGAGCGCGCUCCAAAAGAAACUGGUCAAGAAAGGCAACAAAGCUAAAAGCCCCAAGGCUGACAAAAAGGGCAAGACCAAGACCACGUGGGAUCCGUUCAUGUUCGGAGGUAAAGGGGCCACCGGCGAGGAAGCCCGAAAUUUGGAACGUGGGCCCAAAGAGGGUGCACACGGGGGAAUCAACGAUGACCAUCAAAUGGCCCAGUUCGUGCCCGACUCGUCCGUCAUUGGAGCGUCGGCAACCAUUCAACAGAUUGAAGAAGAUUCUUCGGACGACGACGAGGAGUUGUUGAGCCGCAAGGCCAAUGAUACCCAAAGUGGUGGUCUGUGGAGCUCAUUGUCCUCUUUGGUGGGUAGUAAGAGUCUCACUGAGAAGGACAUUGAGCCCGUGAUUGUCAAGAUGCAAGAUCAUCUCAUCUCCAAGAAUGUGGCUUCCGAUGUGGCCGUGAAACUCUGCGAGUCCGUGGCCAACAACUUGGAGGGCAAAGUCCUCGGCACGUUCUCUACUAUCCAUCGGACCGUGAAAGAGUCUCUGAAUGGCUCGCUCAUGAAGUUGCUGACGCCGAAACGUCGAAUCGACAUCAUUCGAGAUGUGAUGGAAGCCAAAGCCAACAAACGACCCUAUGUUAUGGCCUUCUGCGGCGUGAAUGGAGUCGGCAAAUCCACCAACUUGGCCAAGAUCUGCUUUUGGCUGAUUGAGAACAAAUGCCGAGUUUUGAUUGCGGCCUGUGACACAUUCAGAGCCGGGGCUGUCGAGCAAUUGAGGACUCAUACUCGACGAUUAAACAACCUGCAUCCGGCGUCCGAGAAUGGAGGCGUUCCUUUAGUGGAACUGUAUGAGAAGGGCUACGGCAAGGACGCCGCCGGGAUCGCUUUGGAGGCCAUUAACUACGCCCGCAACAACCGGAUUGACGUGGUUCUGGUGGAUACCGCCGGUCGAAUGCAGGAUAACGAGCCGCUCAUGAGAGCCUUGGCCAAACUGAUCGCCGUGAAUGCACCCGAUUUGGUUCUCUUCGUGGGUGAGGCUUUGGUGGGCAAUGAAGCCGUGGAUCAAUUGGUCAAGUUCAAUGCGGCAUUGGCCGACCAUUCCUCGCAAGCUAAUCCCCAUCUGAUCGACGGCAUCGUUCUGACUAAAUUUGAUACUAUCGACGACAAGGUGGGCUCGGCCAUUUCCAUGACCUAUAUCACUGGACAACCCAUCGUGUUCGUGGGCACGGGUCAAACGUACACGGAUUUGAAGAAUUUGAACGCCAAGGCCGUGGUACAAGCUUUGAUGAAAUAAAACCCUGAAGUAAAUCCAGA